AUGGAUUCAAAAGGAUAUACGCACGAUCCUCCCUUUGAUCGGGGUUACUUAUCCGUAGGCGCAAUCCACAAACUCCAUUACGCGCAAUACGGCAACAGAAAUGGGAAGCCAGUGAUAUUCCUCCACGGUGGCCCAGGAGGAAACACCUCCUUCGCCAACACCACCUACUUCAACCCAGACAUCUACCGCGUAAUCCUCUACGACCAACGCGGUGCCGGCAAAUCUCUACCCACUGCUUGUACUGAGGAAAACACAACCCACCAUCUGAUAGAAGAUAUUGAGGCUCUUCGUAAGCAUUUGGGUAUCUCGAAAUGGUUUAUGCUUUUUGGGGGCUCGUGGGGUGCUACUCUUGCGUUGUUGUAUGCGCAACGAUACCCGGAAAGAGUUGGCUCGAUGGUUCUUAGGGGGAUAUUCACUGCUAGACAGCCUGAAAUAAAUUGGACAAGGAUGCCAGAUAGUGGUGCGGCGAGGAUGUGGCCUGCUGAAUAUGAGAAGUUCUUGAAUUUCCUGCCUGAGGAAGAACGCAGAAAUCCACCGGAGAGUUAUUGCAAGUAUAUUCUGAAUAUCUCGACUGACGAAGAGACAAAAAGGAAGAGGUAUGAGGCUGCUUUGGAGUGA